AUGAGAAGGCAUGUGAUAUUAUUAAGUGUUAUUUUCGCCUUCAACAUUGUUUCUGCUCAACCUAUAACAGUACAAAAUGAUGGAGUUAAGGAAAGCUCGUUGAUACUCGAGGAUCCUCAGCCUCUAGUCGAAUCUGAGGAUGAUGCACCUCCACCAGAACUUCCCCAUUGGACGGCAAGCGAGAAAGCCUUGAUGAUCCGACGAAGUGGGCAGGAUCCUACUAGGCGAAGAAGGCAUUCCAUAACUAGAGUACAAAAACUGAAGCGCGACUUGGCGCUGGCGCCGUGGCGUGUCACUCAUGUUGUCCGACGUCGUCCACCACCGCCAAAGAAGACUAAUCGACCGGCUAUAGCCCUGCCGGUUGACGUAUGUCCGACUAAAUUUGAUGCUAUCACAAGAGGUUAUAAUGGACGAACGUACGCUUUCGCGAAGGAUCGCGUCUAUCAAAUGUGGUAUGAAGAUGAACUUCCGCAAAAGGGGGAGAAUUUCGUGAUCUACGAUGCUUAUUGGAAUCUAGCAACAUUCACAGGAGCGACAAAAAGUAUUGAUAUGUAUGUUCGAUUUUCCGGUGAUCUUGAUGUUACUGUUUUUCUAAUAGAGCUUUUCCAGGUUUACAAUGCAAGAAAGUACCGAAUACUGCAAGAGUACCCUCUGAAAAUCAACGAAUACUUCGGUUGUUUGCUCUGA